AGAGAGGGGGGCCUGGGAGGGAUAGGGGGGCGAUGUCGUGGCUUAGAGCAGCGGUGAUCAAGGCGGUGGAAGCGGGUGCCGGGGGGAAGGAUAACCUCACCCGCACUGUCCGUAGCUACGCCGGCACCGUCGUCUACCAUGCGGGAAAUGCCGUUGUGGAGGGCGCCAAAAUCAUCCAAGACCGCAUUGGGCCAAGGAAUAUGCAGGGCUUUAAACAGACAGUAAAAAGGCUGGAAGAAAUAUCUGUUUCUUCUAGAGGCAUGGAAAGAGUUCAGCUAUUGAGAAGGUGGCUGGUUGCGCUCAAAGAGGUGGAUAGAUUUUCACUAGGUUCUAUCGAGGGUAAUAAAAACAGUCCGACAGAUCAGCUUAACGAUGAAAAUAAAGAUUCUCCAAAGAAACCUACUUUGGUCUAUUAUGUGGACCCUGAUAUGGGAGGCGAGCUGAGAACUUUUCGUGAUGUAUUUCUUACAAGCCAAGCUCUAGAAGGCAUUACGUUGUCUAUGAUUCUUGAAGAACCGAAUGAUGAAGAAGAAUCACUACUUCUAGAAAUAUAUGGGCUCUGUCUUUCAGGAGGGAAGGAAAUACGUCAAGCAGUAAUGACGAGUGUGCAUAAUUUGGCAAAAGCAUUUUCAGAGUACCAAGAUGAAGUACUGGUAAAACGAGAAGAAUUGCUCCAAUAUGUCCAAGAUGCAAUUUCAGGGCUGAAAAUAAAUGCUGAUUUUGAUAGAAUAGAUGCUAAAGCGUGUAGUUUGAAAGAAACACUUGAUGAAAAGAAAGAAGAACUGACACCUUCACGUGGAGACCAUGAUGACUCAUUGAAUGAUGAAACUACAACUUCUAAGAUUCUGAAAGAAAUACUUUCACAAGUUCAAUUAUGCUCCAAGUUGGAGGAGCUCCUACGAAAGAAAAAGCUUUUUAACGAGGGGGAUUCUCCGCAGCUUCAUGCUGAAAAGGUCGAGAAACUUAGAGUUUUGUCCGAAUCUUUGGCUAAUUCUACCUUGAAAGCUGAAAAGCGAAUUGUAGACCACAGCAGAGAGCAAAAAGAAGAGGCACUCAACUUUCGGGUAGCUAAAUCCAAGGAAAUGGUCCAAGCUGAGAAGGAAUUUACAGAUGAGAUUGGAGAACUUGAGAAGCAAAAGGAUCAACUGGAAGCUGAAUUGAAAAAGGUCAACACUUUGUUGUCUUCUGCUCGUAUGCGCCUUCAUAAUGCAAGGGAAGAAAGAGAGCAUUUUGAUGAAGCAAGUAAUCAGAUACUUGUGCAUUUGAAGACAAAGGAAGACGAGCUGUUCAAAUCUGUUGCUUCAUAUAAAGUAGAAGCAGGUGCUGUAAAUUCAUGUAUACACUUUUUAGAGCAUACAUGGAACCUUCAGAUAUCCCAAAGACAACUGAAGGAGAAGAAUGUCGAUGGCGAACUGGAAAAAUAUGGAGAUUAUUUUAUGAAGUUGGUCAUCAGCCUUCUCUCUUCUUACAAGGAAAAGUUGGAGCCCUCACUUUCUUGUAUCAGGAAACUUGAGGAGAACUUGUGUUCGAUGAAAGAGUCAGAUGCCUCACCCAAUAUAGAUGAUGGAAGUUUAAAUGUUGAUAAACAACGGAGGAAGCUUGAGGAGGAAUAUUUGGAUAUUGAAUCCAAGUUUGUUUCCACCUUAAGCACUGUGGAUACAGUAAGAAUGCAGUUCUAUGAAACAAAAGGAGGAGUUGUCAGGAAUCUCGACCACCAGAAGGUACAAGAGAUAUUUGAUGCACUUGAAAAAGUAAAACAAGAAUUUGAAUCUAUCAAGAGACCGAGAUUGUUGAUUGAAACAGUAAGGCAAAGAUCAGAGUUGCCAGUGAAUGAAAAGCCACAGAGACAUUUAAGUACAUCUUCCACAUCAAAACGGAUGACGGGGGCUCGAGGAUUCAAGAACUUUAACAUGGAAGCAGAAUUAGCAAAGCUAGAGUCGGAUGAUGGGGCGGAGGAUAUAAUUGACCCAACUGACGAGAUAAAUGACUGGGAAUUUGAUGAACUUGGAAGGGACUUCGAUUCAGCAUCCAACCACCUAAGAAGAUGAAACUUCACCCGGUAUGUGUUUGUUCUAUAUUCAAUUCUUUAUACUGAAAGAAAAUGUAACAGCAUGCAUUAAAUUAUUGUAACGCCUGAUGAUGAGUCCCCCCAUCCCCAUAGCCUGUGAUAGAAGAAAAAAAAAGGAUAUUUAUCUGGAAGAUUCCUGAAGCAAUAAUACAAGUGUAAAUUCUCUACAUGGAUGAAAUUAAAUUGUAUAUACAUUAUAGCUUGAAACAAAUAUAUAGCUUUAAUUGUUUUUUUUUUCUUUUUUUCUUUGCGGGUGGGUAGUAGCCAUCGAGAAUGUCCUGUGUACUGUACAUUAUGUACUGUCUUUAUGCUGAAGUCGAACAAUCAUUUAUGGUGGGCAACGUGGUCCAGUUCUGCUUUACUAUUUGCAGAGUGCAGUAUUUUAGUCUCACACCACACACAAAGAGGGGAUAUUUGCCAGCAGUAGCCCCCCUUU